GAAGCGAUUGUUUCCAUUUGAUCCUGCGAUUUGGAUUUUUGAAUAAUAAAUAUAUAUAAUUAAAAUGCUUUUGGAUUGGUUCUUGUCGGCUUGAACCGGGCAAAGACCGUCAUCGAUCGCGUUUACUCUCUCUCUCUCUCUCUCUGUGGUUCGCUUGCCUUUUACCCUUUCUCCAAACCCUAAUCAUUUCUGCGCUCGAUCUGCCUCCGUCUCCACAAGCAAUCACCGAAGGUAUUGAUUGUCGGGGGAGCGGUGGUCAAUCAAUGGCGGAUUCGUCUUCGUUUUCCUGUUGAUCCUAUCUCUCUCUGGGAAUUUUGUUUUUCUUUUCCGAAUUUUGAGUUUAAAGUUGGGUUCAGGGCAUUUCCAUCGCUUGGAAGGUUCGUACUUUGUGUGAUUGGUGAUCUCGGAUUUGAGCGUUAAAGUCAUCCCAGAACAGGCCAUUUUGUGCUGUAUUUAAGACCUGCAAAUAUAGCUUAAUUAUCCCUUUCCAAGUGGCUAAACUCUGCUCCUUCAGCACAGCGACAGCCUUUAACAUAGAAGCUGGUUUUGGCUUUCAAUUUGGGGUGGUAAAAUCUUGUGAACUUGAGGGAUUUCUGGUCUCAUCUGAUGGCAAAUAUUACUGGGAAUCUGUCUGCGGGGAUGCAUUCAGGGUCCAGAAGUGGCGAUUUGUACAGUGAACUGUGGCACGCUUGUGCUGGGCCUCUUGUUAAUCUUCCUCGUAAAGGAGAACGGGUCUAUUAUUUCCCUCAAGGUCACAUGGAACAGCUUGAGGCAUCGAUCGAUCAAGGAGGGGAUCAACAACUGCCUUCAUUUGAUGUACCAGCAAAAAUACUUUGCAAAGUAAUGAAUGUUCAUCUGCGGGCUGAACAAGAAACAGAUGAAGUAUACGCACAGAUAACUCUUCUACCUGAAGCAGAUCAAAGUGAGGUAACCAGCCCAGAUCCACCUCUUCCUGAACCUCAAAGGUGCAAUAUCCGUUCAUUUUGCAAGACACUUACUGCUUCAGACACAAGUACACACGGUGGAUUUUCUGUUCUUCGGAGGCAUGCAGAUGAUUGCUUGCCUCCACUGGAUAUGUCCCAACAGCCACCUUGGCAGGAAUUGGUUGCUACUGAUCUCCAUGGCACUGAAUGGCAUUUCCGUCACAUUUUUCGAGGGCAACCCAAGCGCCACUUGCUCACAACCGGAUGGAGUGUCUUUGUUAGUGCCAAGAAACUAGUUGCUGGUGAUGCUUUUAUUUUUUUGAGAGGCGAAAAUGGUGAACUCCGGGUCGGAGUGAAGAGGCUCAUGAGACAACAAAGCAACAUGCCGUCUUCUGUAAUAUCCAGUCACAGUAUGCAUCUUGGUGUUCUUGCCACUGCAUCUCAUGCUAUAUCAACUGGGACCCUAUUUUCAGUCUACUAUAAGCCAAGAACAAGUCGAUCUGAGUUCAUUGUAAGUGUCAACAAAUAUCUUGAAGCCCACAGCUGUAAGCUAUCUGUUGGGAUGAGGUUUAAGAUGAGAUUUGAGGGAGAGGAAGUUCCUGAAAGAAGCAGGUUCAGUGGAACAAUUGUUGGUUUUAGAGAAAGUAGUUCCUCUGGAUGGCCUAAUUCUGAGUGGAGAUCUUUGAAGGUUCAAUGGGAUGAACCUUCAUCAAUUUUGCGCCCUGAAAGUGUUUCACCAUGGGACUUGGAGCCACUCGUGGCAGCAAGCCCUCGGGACUCCCAACCUCUGCAGGGUAACAAGAGAGCACGGCCAUUAGUGGCCUCAGCAACGCCAGAUCUUUCUGCUCUUGGUGUGUGGAAAACACCAGUCAACUCUCCAUCAGCUUUCUCGUGUUCUGAAUUACAACGUGGUCAGGAUCAGUAUCCAUCUCCCAGAUUCUCCUCUGGUACUAAUGCCGGCUCUCUUGGCUACAGUGAGAGUAGUUCCCUGACCCCUUCUUCUGAGAACUCUGUAUAUUGGUCUAACCGCAUGGAAACCAUGACAGAGUCCUUCAUUCCUACUGUUAACAAGGGAUUCAUUGGAAAGAGACAGUAUACCAACAGCCGAUGCAGGCUAUUUGGUAUUGAACUACCUAACAAUUCUACUAUGGGAGAUACUUUACCAGUGACUACAGAUGUGAAAUCAGGGGGAGUGGAUGACCCAGACCCAGUUCCAUCAUUCGAUGUUCAAUAUGACAGGCAUUCAGAACCUUCAAACAUUAAUCAAUCAGAUAUUCCUUCAAUAAGCUGUGAGCCUGAGAAACCAUGUCUUAGAUCUCCCCAUGAUCCACAGAGCAGACAAACACGGAGCUGUACAAAGGUACACAUGCAGGGAAUUGCUGUUGGAAGGGCAGUCGAUCUGACACAUUUGGAUAGUUAUCGGGAUCUUCUCAACAAAUUAGAGAAGAUGUUUGAGAUUGACGGUGAACUCUGUGGACUAUCAAAGAAAUGGCAGGUUGUCUAUACAGAUGAUGAGGGUGAUAUGAUGAUGGUUGGAGAUGAUCCAUGGCAUGAGUUCUGUAGCAUGGUGAGGAAGAUAUUUAUCUACACGAUCGAUGAAAUAAAGAAGCUUUCACCCAAGAUUAAACUCCCAGUCAAUCAGGUCAAACACAGCAAAUUGGCUAUGGAUGCUUCAGAAGGAGCUGAAGACCAGCUAGCGGAUGUGAGGCCCGGUCACUAAUGUCCAUCCCCAUGCCCGUUACCCUACUAUUAUCUGGAAAGUGGAAAUGCAAUAGGUAAAGGUAAAUGAUAAUACCGAAAAGGAUGGGGAGAAUGACCUCAGGGAUCACUCGAGAUCUUGUUUCUUCUUGUUUUGAUGCUAUCGACAACAUGUGGUUGCUGCUGCUAUGGCUGGUUCAGUUGAGUUACUCUUACAUGCAGCAACAAACAAGGAUGCUACGCUGAAGAUGCAAAGACGGUUUUGCAGCCAGCCAUAUGAGGUAUUGGGGGGAGUUGAUUUAAUUCAGACGUUAAGGGUUUGUUUGCAUUUUAAUGUGUUAUUGUGGAGGGGAUCAAUCUCAUAGUUUGUAGCUCAGUUGGGUUAACACUUUUAACAGAGGAGAUGGGAGAACUUCCCACUUGGUAUUGUCUCCUGUACCCUGUCUUUUGUACAUAAAUAUAGAAUGCUGCCUUCUCCUUU